AUGACGUCGUUGUCACUUUUAGCUACAUAUGACGAGCUGGUGAGAUGUACGAACGUCUUGGUAAAUGGAUCCUGCGAGGAAGAAUUCCUGCAAUUCGCUGAAAGUCAAGAGGAGAUGAGACAGAAAUGGCUGGAGUCGGUACAAGAAUGUCAACGACUUCAUUCGGCUUUGGACAAGGCUCAUAACGAAAUUGCGGAUUUCGAUAGAAAACUGCGUCAUGCAAGAAGAAACUUGGAAGAGGAGAACCGCAAGCGUCGUGCUGCUGAGGAACAGAGAGAUCUUUUGGAAAAACAAAUUGCUACAGCCAGGGAUUUCCUGUUUAAUGACAAAGGGAAAAAUAUAAAUGAUGAAACAAGAGAGAAAUUGCAAUUUCUUAAUAACACUUCAUUGAAUCGUCAAAGUAGCAUGCAUACUCAAGACAUGCCUUUCGACAAGCUUAACACGAUAGCGGAAUUGAAUUCCACUGGCUCGUUAUUGAGUGACCUGAACUGCCUAUCGAGAUCAGAAGAUGACUUGGAGAUCAGCAAUAUUUUGCAAAAGCAGAAAAAACGAGAGUGGAAAGAGCAUCGCCCCAGUAGCGAAUAUUCCAAGAAGCAUCGUCGCAGCGCAUUGCACAAAGCUACUGAAUUAAACCCUUCUGAUAGAAUAGUAGCGACUACUACCGUAGUUAUGCCAAAGGAUGGUACAAUUACUGCAUCGUCCACAAUUGAAGCUAUACCCGGUGAUGAAAACGCAGAUCCCCAGAUACCCUUACACAAUUCACGCAAGCGGCGUAAGAGUAGUACGGAACAUAACAAAUCAAAAUUGUCGCACAUCGAUGUUAACGAAAUGCCAAUCGAUAUAGCGCCGUCAGCACCAAAGGCUGAUAUUCUCACAUCGACUUCAGACUCGGAGGAUGUCUGUAAACCAAGUCCAAAUAUUGGUGGCUAUACCAUGAAUACAAAAAUGUCGAGGAAUCAUAAUUUUAUAGCCAAAAAUAUUUACGGCAAAACGGAAAUGUGCACAGCUUGUGGAAAAAAAAUCCGAUGGGGAAAGCCCAUGCAGAAGUGCAGAGAUUGUAGAGCUACGGCUCAUAUUGAGUGCAAAAAUUCAGUACCACUACCAUGUAUCCCAACGGGAAAUACGCCUACGUUACGCGGCAGCACUAUAGCUGAUUAUACACCUAUGACAUCACCUAUGGUACCUUCCAUAGUAGUUCACUGCAUAAACGAGAUUGAAUUACGCGGAAUGAACGAGCAAGGAUUAUACAGAGUGAACGGAGCAGUCGCAGAUGUCAGGAGUCUUAAAGAUAAAUUCCUAAAAAACAAAGGGGCCCCGAAUCUUUCUAACGUCGAUAUUGCGACUAUCUGCUCUACUUUGAAAGAUUUUCUCAGAUCAUUAGAGCCACUGAUCACCGUCGGUUUGAGGAAAGACUUCACACGCGCGACACAACUUGAGGACAAACAGGACGCUGACGCCGCUCUUUAUCAAGCAAUAUCAGAACUACCGCAACCAAACCGAGAUACUCUGGCCUUUUUGAUGUUACAUUUACAGAGAGUAUCGAGUAGCGCUGAAUGUAAGAUGCCCAUCAGUAAUCUCGCCAAGGUCUUUGGACCAACCUUAGUCGGUUACAACUCGCAGGAACCAUCUCUAAACGACGUUAAACAUCAAGCUGCGAUAGUGGAGAGUUUACUUCAAAUUCCAUCUGAUUAUUGGGCAACUUACGUGAACCCUACAAACUUGAAUGGCUUUAACACUCCGAAAACGGGAGAAUUAAAACAUACGCCAUCCGUAGAGUCACUUCUCAAGCGUAGUAUCUCCCGGGGUUUUUUCAAUACACCUCUCAGUUCUAGCCGCUCUUUUGUGAGGAGAAACAAGAAAUAUUUUGCUACACCACCCUCUAAAAUAGGAUACUAAUAAGCAAAAUUUUUGCUAUACUAUAAUAACAACUUAUGAUUGCACACAGAAACAUUUAGCCUGAUAUUUAAUGUGCUUAUAUGUAUUCUUUUGUAAAUAUAUCGA